GACUAAGCGGGCUGGCGGCGGCGUUUCCUGGUGACAGAGCCCGGGCGCCGAGGGUAUGCGCCCCCAGGAGGUGCUGGGCCGGGCCGCCCGACUGGCCUCCUCCGGUCUGCUCCUGCAGGUGUUAUUUCGAUUGAUCACCUUUGUCUUGAAUGCAUUUAUUCUCCGCUUCCUGUCAAAGGAAAUUGUUGGUAUAGUGAAUGUAAGGCUAACACUGCUUUACUCAACCACCAUCUUCCUGGCCAGAGAGGCCUUCCGCAGAGCAUGUCUGACUGGGGGAGCCCAGCGGGACUGGAGCCAGACCUUCAACCUCCUGUGGCUAACAGUCCCCCUGGGUGUGUUUUGGUCCUUGUUCCUGGGCUGGGUCUGGUUACAGUUACUUGAAGUGCCUGAUCCUAGUGUCGUCCCCCACUAUGGAACUGGAGUGGUGGUGUUUGCUCUCUCGGCCGUGGUGGAACUUUUGGGAGAGCCCUUCUGGGUUUUGGCACAAGCACAUAUGUUUGUCAAGCUCAAGGUGAUUGCUGAGAGCCUGUCGGUAAUCCUCAAGAGUGUCCUGACAGCUCUUCUUGUGCUGUGGUUGCCUCACUGGGGGCUGUACAUUUUCUCUUUGGCCCAGCUUUUCUAUACUACAAUUCUGGUGCUUUGCUAUGUUAUUUAUUUCACAAAGUUGCUGGGCUCCCCAGAAUCACCCAAGCAACAAACUCUUCCUGUCUCCAGAAUGACAGAUCUGUUACCCAAUGUUGUGAGAAAUAAGGCUUUUGUAAAUUGGAAAGAGGCUAAAUUGACUUGGAGUUUUUUCAAACAGUCUUUCUUGAAACAGAUUUUGACUGAAGGCGAGCGAUAUGUGAUGACAUUCUUGAAUGUGUUAAAUUUUGGCGAUCAGGGUAUAUAUGAUAUAGUGAAUAAUCUUGGCUCCCUUGUGGCCAGAUUAAUUUUCCAGCCGAUAGAGGAGAGUUUUUAUAUCUUCUUUGCUAAGGUGCUGGAGAGAGGAAAGGAUGCCACACUUCAGAAGCAGGAGGAUGUUGCUGUGGCUGCCGUGGUUUUGGAGUCCCUCCUCAAGCUGGCCCUGCUGGCUGGCCUGACCAUCACUGUUUUUGGCUUUGCCUAUUCGCAGCUGGCUUUGGAUAUCUACGGAGGGGCCAUGCUUAGCUCAGGAUCAGGUCCUAUUUUGCUGCGCUCCUAUUGUCUCUACGUCCUCCUGCUUGCCAUCAAUGGAGUGACCGAGUGUUUCACAUUUGCUGCCAUGAGCAAAGAGGAGGUUGACAGGUACAAUUUCACAAUGCUGGGCCUGUCAUCUUCAUUCCUGGUGUUAUCCUAUCUCCUGACCCGUUGGUGUGGCAGCGUGGGCUUCAUCUUGGCUAAUUGCUUUAACAUGGCCAUUCGGAUCACACAGAGCCUUUCCUUCAUCCACCGCUACUACCAAAAGAGCCCCCACAGGCCCUUGGCUGGCCUGUACCUGUCGCCGGUCCUCCUCGGGACAUUUGCCGUCAGUGGUGGGAUUACUGGUGUUUCAGAGGUGUUCCUCUGCUGUGAUCAGGGCUGGCCAGCCAGGCUGGCACACAUUGCUGUGGGGACCUUCUGUUUGGGAGCCACUCUUGGGACAGUGUUUCUCACAGAGACCAAGCUGAUCCACUUUCUUAGGACUCAGUUAGGUGUGUCCAGACUCGCUGACAAAAUGACAUGACCUCAGGGAUGCACUGACACCUGUGCCACCUGGACCAGCUGUGUGGUGGUUCUGUGGGUGGAACACAUUUUCUGUACAGAAGAGUGCUGCUGGGGGCACUGCAGUGGAGUGAGACCAACCAAGGCAGGUGAGACACCAGAGAGAAGCAGCAGACCAACACUUACCGGCCACUUGAAGUCUGAAAGAGGAAGAAAGAGUUCCAUUUUAAAGGAAGACCAAAAAGCUCUUUUAAAAUAGAUACAAGUAUUUUUUUCACCAUUUUGUUUGAAUCGGCAUUUUCCUUUUGAUUAAUGUAUUCCUUUUGGGUAUGAUUGAUCUUAGGAGCUACAUGCUCCAAUAAGGUAUAUCCUGGAUAUUAAUAGUUAAUAAUUAUCUGGCCCAGAAAAAGAGACAUUGCCAUUAUCCCUUCACAGGAAUAUUUAACUCAUUCUGUAAAAGAAGGAAGGAGACCUGAUGUCAUGUACCAAACAAGGACAGUGGUGGCCCUGGAGUUGUGGCUUUCCACAUGACAACACUGUGGUCUGGGUUUUUAAAGAAGGAAAAACGUUACUCAGAAAUCCAAGAGAUUAAAAUGCGAAGUCUUUCAGAUCACAUUUCCCGACUUAGCUUGGGGGAGUCAUGCUUUAUCCUCACUGCUGCGUCCCCCGGGCCAGCACAGGCUUCCCAGAGUUGGUGCAGGCUGCCUCAGGACCCCUGGCCUGGCCACCCAAAAGUGGGGGACCUUGAAGGAAACUGAUCCAUUGUGAGCUGUCCCCUAAAGGGAACACUGCUUUGCAGCUGGCUGUAACUUCUCACAUGGAGAUGGCACAGAUGACAACUCAAGUUGAAUGGAUGUAUCUUUUUUUCCUCAGAAUAAAACAGGUAAAUUUUUGUAUGGCAAGUAUCACUGAGUCAGGCCCCUCCUACUGACCCAUGACUUCCAGCACUGGUCAGUGCACCGAAAUUCCAGCCCCGGGACGAGAGCGACAGCCUGGUGGUCUGGUCCUCCAAGCUACAAUGGGAGCCCAGGUUGAGGCUCACCUACCUCAUCCAGCACCUGGCACCCAGCAGGUGAGGUCACCAGGCAUUGUUCUGAGGCCACAGAGCAUUUUUCUUCUUUCAUUAAUAUAUUAAUUCCUUUUGGAUGUAACUGAUCUUUGGAGCUAGAUGCACAAACUAUCUUGGAUGGUAAUAGUAAUCAUCUGGCCCCAGUGUUCCCAAAUUUCUAUGUUUACACUCAGAGAACAGGUUGUUCGCCUGGGCUAGUCAGGGCAACUUGUAUCAGAUGGUGGUUUAGCUAAAAUGCACACAUUAAAUCCACUGGCCCAGAGCCAAGGGGCAAAGGAUCAGGGCCCACCAGUGCUCUGAGACAAGGGCCCGGGCACCUGGACCCCUUUUUAUUCAAAGGGAGAAUACUUUGCACUAACUGGAGGGGAAGUAGCUAAAUGCAGAGUAUCACAGAGCAGUCAGAGGCCCUGCAAAAGCAGUACCUUGGUCAUGCUGUGUGAGGCAGGAUCAGGCUUUCUCAGAGGAACUGAUUAUCCCAUGUGGCAGUGCGGGUGGCACACAGAUGACAGACCUCACUCCCUCCCAUGUCCUUUUUCUCUCUCGAGUGUGCAUAAAUGGGCCUUUUGCCCUCACAAGUUCCUUCUCUGCUGCCCUUGACCCUCCCUCCCUCCUCUAGGGCCCUGUCAGCCACCCCAUGCCCACUUGACCCCACACUCAAAGCAUAGUCCUCGAACUAUCUGCCUCAGAAUCACCCAAAUUGCAAGGUAGAAAUGUAGGUUCCCAGGACCCACUCCAGACCUUUGGAGUCUGCAUCUCUGGGAGCAGGUCUCUGGGAUCAGCAUUUUUUGGCAAACUGAGGUUGGCACACCCAUCGUCCUCAUCAGCCUCAGGGCUCAGGAGCAGUUGUGCACAUGUUCACAUGUCCAGUCUCUGCUCCAGGAAGAGAGCUGCUGUCACUGACUUCCUGAGCAGCAUCACUGACUUCCCAGCUCUUCGGGAGCAGGACCACCAAGGCUUCUGCUCUGCUCUGCCACAUGGAGAGAGGCUCUGUGUCUGACAGCAAGUGCUUGUUCUCUCGUCUCUCAUCCGUCUGCCUGCAGUCUGCCUGGCGCUGCUGCCAGCACAGGACUGCCGCAGUCAGGGCCAGCUCCUCUUGAAAGAUGGCCAGCUGGGAUGGUGGCCCAGGGCUCCUUCCCGUGUCCUACUUCCCUGUUUAUAGGAGGAGUAGUGCCCACAGCCGGAUGGUUGGGGGAAGUGGCUGUUUUCCCAUUACCAGCUCCUGCUCCUGUGCUGUCGGCACUGGCAGCAGGCCCUUUGCAGUUCUCCGAGGACCUCUACCUCCGCCCCCUGGCCGCCUCCCUGAAGUGCAGUUGGGCCUGACCACUGCCUCUGGUGCUUCCCCCUGCUGGCCCCCUAGAGCGACACUGUGCCUCAUGGUGCUUGCUUACACGCAUGCUGAGCUGCCUCACUUUACCCCAGAAGGAUUUUUGGUGGGAAUCACCCUUUUCCUUUAAGUACCGCUUAAAAUAUAGCGAGGCUGCUUCUCCAAGGAAACAAGUCUCUAAAGCACGUCCUUCACGAAGAAGCCUUUGCUGGUGAGAAUAACAGUAUUUCUUCUUUCUGUGCUGCUCUGGCCACACACAUGUGAUGGUGACUUCAAGUGUGGGCUGUCACAUCCCUCCGAGAGGGGCUGUUGCUGCUGCUGCUGCGCUGCUCACCACUUCCUCAGCACGGACUCCUGGCUCUGGAAGCUCCCUGCGCUCGCCAGCCUAACCCUAGCAGGGCACCUCCUCCUGUCUUUUUUCUUUAAUUAUGUAUUCAUGUUGCUAAUUUCAUGUCAAUUCCCUGAUUUUAAAAUGAAUAAAUCACUUUCUUCCUA